AUGAUGGCCGAAAUAAUUCUACAGCGACGCAAGGCAGCGUCGGUGUUAAACGAACCAAAUCCUCUUAUAAUACUUUUAAUUUUGUCGUUAUUACAAUUAUGCGGCGCUCAAGUUGUGAACAGGGUUCCACAUUUUAUUCCUCAAACAGGAGACAUGUCACAAUUUAGUAUACCCGAAGACACUCCUGUGGGAACUCCGGUGUAUCAUUUAAAAGGUAUCGAUCCCGAUGAUGGCCCAUUAAGAUAUUCAAUAUCAGGCCAGUACUUCAGUGUGGACUCUGCGACGGGCGUGGUGACUUUAGCCAAGACGUUGGAUAGAGAGCAGCAGUCUUCAUUGGAAGUUAUUAUUAGUAUUACAGAUGAAGGUAUAUCGGACACGGAACCCAACACAGUGUCUCUAAGAAGAGUGAUCCCGGUGCGAGAUGUAAACGACAACCCACCGGUGUUUCAUAAUAGGCCAUAUAUAGUUAACAUUAGCGAAGCUUUGCCUGUGGGAAGUGAAAUUGAGGUAACGCCCAAUAUAAUAGUUACGGAUCUCGAUGAAGGCGACAACGCCAAAAUAACAGUGACGUGCGUUACUGAGGAGAAAGGCGGCGAUGUUGAAGCAUGUUCCACCUUCAAGAUCGUUACUGAUAUGGUAACACCAAACAAGUACCACGUCCGGCUGUACCUGUCGGCGCCGCUGGACUACGAGGGCCGCGCGGCGUACGUGGUGGCGCUGGCGGCGCGCGACGCGGGUCGGCCGCCGCGCCGCGCCGCCGCGCGCCUGGCCGUCGCGUUGCGCGACGUGCAGGACGCGCCGCCCGUCUUCCUCUCUGCGCCGCACGCCGCCACCGUGCGCGAGAACACGCCGCCGAACACUAGUAUAAUGGAAAUUAUAGCCAAAGACGGUGAUACGGCCAACCCUCGACCAGUGCUGCUGACCCUCGACGGGGACAGCGAGCGGUACUUCAGGCUGCAGCCCGAGCGGGCCGUGGGGCGCGCCACGCUGGUCACCGCCGACGUGCCGUUGGACCGAGAAAACGAUAUUGUUAUACAAAGUGGCGGGGUUUACAACUUUUUUGUUAAGGCGACAGAGCUGAUCAACAACGAGGUACCGGCAGACUUCACCGUGGCGCCCAUAACGAUCGUGGUGAGCGACGAGGACGACCACGAGCCCGCCUUCAACGCCCGCGCGCUGGCGGCGGCGGCGCCCGAGCACGCGGAGGCCGGCAGCCCGCUGCCCGCGCUGGCGCUCUACGUGGACGACCCCGACCUGCCACACCAUGCGAGGUACAACCUCUCCCUCCGAGACGUCUUCAACUCUGAGGGCGUGUUCACCCUCACUCCAGACCACGGCGAAGGACGCACGCCUAUCAGCAUCAAAGUGAAUGACUCGUCCAAAUUGGACUACGACGUUGAAGAUGAAGAUAAAAGGAUGUUCAUUUUCGAUGUAGUCGCCUCCGUCCAUGGAGAAGAGAAGGCAUCUUCUCGAAUAACUGUCAAGCUGUUAGACAUAAACGAUAAUGCCCCAAUAUUUGAUGAGCCCCAAUACAAGUUUAAUGUUUUGGAAAAUUCCCCGGCAGAUUUGAAGAUAGGUGAUGUGCACGCGAAGGAUAAGGAUUAUGGAAUUUUCGGGGAAAUUGAGUAUUCGUUGAGCGGUUUCGGGGCUGAAAUGUUUAAGACGGAUAAAAUGAAUGGUGGUUUGUUCGUUGCGAAUAAUUUAGAUUAUGAAAUGCAAAAGAGUUAUAGUUUAACUAUGACAGCCAAAGAUGGCGGCGGAAAGAGCACCACUGUAAGUGUGUAUGUGGACGUAGAUGACGUGAACGACAACGCGCCAGUGUUCGAGGCGGCGGAAUAUUCUCGAACGAUACGGGAUGGUGCUACCAGUUUCGAGCCGCAGUUGAUAGUGAGGGCGACGGACGCGGACGGCGCGGCGCAGGGCGGCGGGCGCGUGCGCUACUCGCUGGCGGCGGGCGGGGCGGGCGCGGUGAGCGUGCACGCGCACAGCGGCGAGCUGCGCCUGCUGCGCGCCGCCGCCGCCGCCGACACGCCGCGCGGCGAGUACCGCCUCGUGGUGCGCGCCACCGACUACGGUAUACCACCAUUGUAUAACGAAACUAAAGUAUAUAUCCGAGUGGGGGUUCCCGGGAACCAACGCCCCAUUUUUAAGGGCAACUACCACCACUACAAGUACACGGGACACAACAAGGAAGAUUUCUCCCUGGACAUUAACCCUAUGAACUACAAGGCGAGUAUCCGGGAGGACGCGCCCCCGGGACACAAUGUGACCGCCGUGGUCGCGCACGACCCCGACGGGUUGGAUGAUCUGCUAACUUACCAUAUCGUUGGUGGUUCUAAGGAUAAUUUUGUUAUUAAUGAAAAAACCGGCUUAAUAACAGUAUCUAAUGAUGCGAAUCUCGACCGGGAUACGAACCCGGACCGCUACGAGAUUAAAGUGUCAGCGGUCGAUAGUGGCGUGCCCGUGCCGGAGACCGCCACCACCACCGUCUUCGUCACUAUAGAAGACGUGAAUGACAAACCACCCGCAUUCAAUCUUACUGAAUCCACCACUUAUAUCUCAGAAAGAACCAAAAUUGAUGAAGUUGUGACCAAAAUAGUAGCCCACGACUCGGACUUAACCUCCAAACUCAAGUAUAGUCUACUCUCCAUUAAAGCAUUCUCCAAAGCUGGAGUCCAACUUAAGGAAAACUCAAAUUAUAAAUACAAGGACAUUUUCAAAAUUAACGAAGAUUCUGGAGAAGUUCUGGUUAACGGCACUUUGGACUACAGUCAAGCGUCAAUUGUCAUUUUGACAAUCAAAGUGACAGAUGUCAAUGCACAGAUAAAUAAAGAUAAGCAGUUCGCGGUGACGGAGCACACAGUUUACAUACAGCCCUACGCUGAUAAAAACCCUCAGUUCACUAACCCUGGCUGGACAGGAUCCAAUCCAAUUAUACACCACAAAGUGAAGGAAGACCAGCCGAUAGGAAGUACCGUGCUAGUGCUAAUGGCGGAAGACCCGACUUCUGGUCACGUAGUUUCUAAUUUCAAAGUAAUAACUUCUGAGACUGGUCUUUUGCAAGUGGAUCCUUUAAGUGGACAAGUAGUGUUAACUAAGCAUUUAGAUUAUGAAGAGCUGACGAGCCCUAAUCUAACUCUCACGGUGCAAGCUACAAGCAACGAUGGAAGCAAGCACAGUACAGCGAAAAUAAUCAUAGAAGUUGUGAACAUAAAUGAUAACACACCAGUGUUUGAUAAGGAGCUAUACAAAGUGAGCGUCCUCGAGUCCACGCUGUACCCGGAGGUGCUCCUCACGGUGCACGCGACGGACGCCGACGCCGUGCUGACGGAGGAAGACCGGCGGCGCGGGUACGCCGACGUGCGCUACGCGCUGCGCGGCGACCACGCCGACCUGCUGCUCGUCGACGACGUCACCGGCGUCAUACGGGUGGCGCCCAACAAGUCGCUGGACCGCGAGCAGCAGUCGGUGCUGCGCGUGACGCUGGAGGCCGCGGACGCGCCGGCGGGCGGGCCGCGCCGCACCGCGCGCGCCGCGCUGCUGGUCGACGUCCUCGACGUCGACGACAACCCGCCCGCCUUCGACAAGGCGCUCUACACCGCCGUGGUGCCGGAGAACGUGCCGGUGGGCAGCCUCGUGGUGCGGCUGACGGCCACCGACCCCGACGAAGGUUUGGGCGGGGAAGUGACCUACGAGUUCCUCGAUGAGGGCGAAGCCGCCGGUCUGUUCACAAUCGACGCAGUCUCUGGCGAGGUGCGCACGCGGCGCGCGCUGGCGGGGCGCGGCCGCACGGCGCCCUACCGCGUGCUGGCGGGCGCGCGCUCCGGCCGGCCGCCGCGCGACGCCGCCGCCGCGCUCGCGCUGUACGUGGGCGACGUCAGCGCCAACGACGGCGUGCCCGCCUUCAUCGCGCCCGCCCUCGGCGAGGUCAUCGUCGUCAGCGAGAACGCGACGAUCGGCACGGUGGUGUACCAGGUGGUGGCGAGCGACCCCGACGACCCCACGCAGCCCUCGGGCCAGCUCGUGUACUCCAUACAGCCCAGCAACGACGAUGCUGAGGUCUUUGCUAUCGACCCGGAGCGCGGCACGCUGCGCACGCGGCGCGCGCUGGACCGCGAGCGGCGCGCCGCCUACACGCUGGUGCUGGUGGCGGCGGACCGCGGGCGCCCGCCGCAGCAGGCCGCGCGCGUGGCGGCGCUGCGCGUGGCCGACGUCGACGACCACCGCCCGCACUUCGCGCGCCGCGCCCUCGACGACCCGCCAAUUGUAAUAACAACUAAAGAAGAAGUACCCAUAGGCACUGUGAUCGGGACGAUAGAGGCUAUUGAUGAAGACAUCGACGAGAAUGCGGAGAUCGAUUACGUUAUUACUGAUGGAAAUGAACUGGAGCUGGUCAGAUUACAGCGCACUAACGACAGCAAAGCCCAAAUAAUUUCCAACGCGCGACUCGACCGCGAGGCGCACUCGCGCCAGCUGCUCACCAUCAAGUGCUUCAAACGAGGUACCACGCCUCCGCUCAGCAAAUCCUAUAAUCGAUUAGAUCCAACUGAAAUCCAAGUUCUAAUCAAGAUCAUCGACGUAGACGACCAUUUGCCAGAAUUCGAUGCAUCCAACAUGACUAUAGGAGUGCGCCUCAACGUUCCCAUAGACACCGUCAUAGCCACCGUCAAAGCCAUAGACAAGGACCCCGACGCUCUGCCCAUAGAGUAUAAAAUAAUCAACAUGACAUUCGAAUCGCCGAUCAAAUCGAAAUCGUUGAGUAAUCUGACAGAUGUCAUUGUAUUGAACAGUAGCAAUGGAGAGUUAAAGAUUAUGAAGAAUUUAAUACAUUACGCUGACGGUACAUUUAGGUUUACAGUGAGAGCUUAUAAUUCAAAUGAAACAGAUCGAUAUAGUGAUCUCUCAGUUGAAGUGGUGGUGGUGCGCGCGCGCGACCUGCUGCGGCUGGCGAUGCCGGCGCGCCGCGUGGCCGCGCUGCGCGCCGCGCUGCGCCCCGCGCUGGCCGCGCGCCGCCUGCGCCUGCAGCUACACGACGCGCCGCUCGCCGACACCCUGGGGCCAUGCUUCCAAUUCCGCAAAAUGGAUACCGGUGAAGCGCUAACGCCCAAAGCGAUGAAAAGCGUGAUCCGGUCGCUGGGCGCGGAGCUGGAGCGCGUGCUGGCAGCGCACAGCGUGCGCAACAUCACGGCGUGCGGCGCCGAGGCGGCGGCGCGCGGCGCGGCGGCGGCGGCGCUGCUGGCCGUGGCGGGCGCGCUGCCGCUCGCCGCGCUCGUCGCCGUGCUCGCGCUGUGCUGCAUGCACGCUAGCGAAAGUAUUAUACAAACGCAUGUUACAGCAAAGCGGAGGCUGCGGUCGGCGCUGCUGGCGCGCGAGGCGCCGGCCGCCGGCCUGGCGCCGUCGCGACUCUACGCCGAGCCGCUGUACUCCACG